AUGGCAAACGUUCCAAAGCGUGUUAAACUUUAUUUACUAGAUAAUGAUCAACAGUGGAUCGACAAGGGAACGGGCCGCAUAAUCUGUACAUCCUGUGCUAAUCUGUAUUCUUUGAAGGUACAUUCAGAACUAGAUGAUAGUAUACUUCUAGAUACAGAUAUAUUACCGGACAUAUCUUUUGAAAAGCAACAGGAGACUUUAAUUUUAUGGUGUGACAAGAAUGAAAAUGAAUUUGCAUUGAGUUUUCAAGAGAAAGAAGCCUGUGAAGCUGUUUGGAAAGUAAUUAGGAGUGUAGCAGAUGAAGGUGAAUCUGUAGAAAUGGGAAACAUAUUGUCAGUUAUUGAAGAAUCAGAUGUCCAAGAUGAUGAUUCAUCAUCUCUCCUUUCAGAUUUACCCUCUGUAGAUACAAAUAACCUUAAAAGUAUAAAUGCGAUGAUUCGUUUAUUUAAAACUCCUUCUCAAAAAGAAAAAUUAUCUGAAGCUAUAAUAAAGGCAAAUUAUGUCCCCAAGUUGCUGGAUAUAUUUUGUGAAUGUGAGAAUGAUUCUAAUUUUGAAUGUCUUGAGUAUAUAUGUGAAAUUUUUAAGCAUAUUGUCACUUUGGGUAAUUGUUCAUUGUUUGAAGAGAUGUUCAAAAAAGAGAGAAUACUUGAUGUCGUGGGGUGUUUUGAGUAUGACAAAUGUGGCCGUACAGUUAAGCGUCACAGAGAAUUUCUUAGUCAAAAAGUACAGUUCAAAGAAGUGAUGCCAGUUCUGAAUCCAUCCCUCUUGGAUAGAAUUCACCAAACGUAUAGAAUUCAGUAUUUCCAAGAUGUUAUUUUACCGUCGAUAAAUGCUGUAGAUGAAAGUGUAUUUCUGUCACCAUUUAUAUAUCUCAACAAAAUUACAAUUGUGAAUUUGAUACAAGAAGACAAAAUUUUUCUUUCAAAUGUUUUCAAGCUACUUUCUGGCAAAUGCACAUCUGCUGUGAAACGGAAAGAUGUGCUAUUAUUUCUUAAAGAAUUGUUUUCUUUUGCUCAAAAUUUGCAGCCAGCACCUCGAGAAAUAUUUUACCAAAACCUUAUAGAAUUGAAUAUUAUACAUUCCUUAGAACUUUCUAUGCAAAUAAAUAGUGAAGAUAUAAAAUUGUGUGCAACAGAAGUGAUCAAUUUUAUUGUUGAACAUUCUCCCUUUUCCGUGCGCAAAUAUAUGCUUGAACAAGCUAAUAUGAUAUCAGUCAGUAAUCCUCUAAUUGUGAUUCUUAUUAAUGGACUGACAAGUGAGACAGAUAGUGAGCAUAAUAGUUCAAUAUAUCUUUUAUUUUUCAAAUUGCUCCUAAAUCCAGAAAAUAUGGAGUCUUCUCUCACCAAAACAGAUAAAACAGACUUUCUUAAUUAUUUUUACAAGAAUGCUAUUGACAUCAUUAUUGAACCAAUAUUAAACAUUUCUAAAGAUGGAUUGGACAAGAAGUGUCUAGCAGUCGUUUUGGAACUUUUAGAAUUUUGUGUGGAACACCAUUCAUAUUAUAUUAGAAAUGUUAUUCUUCACAAGGACCUUGUAAGACAUGUACUAAAGCUUAUGAAAUCUCAAUAUAAAGUUUUAGCACUUAGUGCUCUUAGAUUUAUUAAAAAAAUUAUUGCUUUAAAAAAUGAAUUUUACAACAAAUAUAUAAUACAUGGAGAUCUUCUGCGACCAGUUAUUGAAGCGUUCUUCGAAAAUCAGGGACGUUACAAUAUGCUAGAUUCUGCUAUUUUAGAUAUGUUUGAAUUCAUAAGAACUGAGGAAUUAAAAUCUUUGUGUUCAUAUGUUAUGGAACAUUUUGGUGAAGUAUUAGAUAAUGUGCAAUAUGUACAGACAUUUAAAAGUUUGAGACAUACAUACGAACGAAAUUGUUUAAGAAAUAGAGAGAAGAAUAUUCCCAUAUAUCUUGAAGAUUGUUUUAAAAGCAAAGAUAGUUUGUGUUGCAAUACUUCAGAAGAUGAAAGUAAAAACAAACUUAACUCUGAAAAGAUAUGUGAUAGUGUUGAAAAUUUUGGUAUUGAUAUGGAAAUUGAAAAUACCGAUUCAGAUACCAUAAAAAUAUUGAGCGUUGAUUCCCCCAAAUCACGCAACAUUGUUUUAGAUCGUACUCCAAUUUUUGGGAAAUUUGGUCGACUAAGGAGAUCAGGAGUUACAGUUGCUAGAAACCUUUGUCGCAAGAGAUUAGUUGAUUACGGGUUUGAUGAUGAUGAUGAAGAUGAAGAUAAUGAGAAUGGAGCUCAAAUUGAGGAGCAAAGACAGGGAAAAGAAGAAACAACAGAAUUACCUUUCAUGAAAUGUAUUGCUUUGGAGUAUUCUCAAAGAGGGCAAGUCAAAACAAAACAUAUAGACCUCUUGAGGCAAGAUGUUGCUGUUUUGGAGGGACACACUAGAGAAGUGGUUUCUUUACACUUCAGUAAUAGUGGUCAGCAAAUUCUCACUGGAUCUUUCGAUGGGACUAUUGGCAUUUGGGAUACAAGAACAGCUAAGAGGGAAGGGUUACUUGUUGGACAUUCAGAAGAGAUAAGUAAUUGUCUGUAUAACUUUGACUGCAGUCUUAUUGCAAGUAGUUCUAUGGAUAAAACAGCAAAAAUAUGGGAUCCACGCACUAUGUCUUGUCUAACUACAAUUACAGGCCAUCAAGAUGAGAUUCUGGAUAUAGCAUUUGAUUACAAAGGUCAACGGUUAGCUACAGCAAGCGGAGAUGCAACAGCAAUGGUAUGGGAUGUUCAUUCAAAUUGUAAUGUUGUUGCAGUUAUGCAAGGUCAUUCUGAGGAAGUAUCUAAGGUGUGCUUCAGCCCAGCUGGAAAUCAACUUCUUACAGCAUCUUUAGAUCAAACUGCACGCUUGUGGAAUGCGGAAACCGGGAUUUGUAGUCAAGUCCUUUCUGGACACAAAGAUGAUGUAUUUUCAUGCUGCUUCAGUUAUUCGGGUCAUGUUAUAAUUACUGCUUCCAAAGAUAACACAUGUCGCAUCUGGCGGUAAAAUACGUGCGGUUUUGGGGAUUGGAUAGUAAGCUUAGGGUGUGUUGAGGAUUGCGAGUGUCAAGUACACUUAUGAUGCCACUUGUAGACAGAAGACCCAGCUUUGUUUCAUCAGUACUGUCGGCUAUAUGGGAAGUGCUGAGAAAACUGGAAGACAGUGUCCAUUGAGUUUUCGGAAAUGGUUGAGCUGUAAAAGAAACGUUUAUUACUACAAAUUAUCAGUAGUAAUGUGAUAUUUCAUAUUGCUACCACCUUUACUUUAUUUUGAAUACACUUUAGAUAUUUUAUACCUUCUUUUAACUAGUUUAACCAAACAUGGAAAGAUGAACCAGUGUCCAUAAUCUUUUGUAUAUGAAGCAAAGGACUUUCUUGUCGGACUAAAACAUAAUACAUCUUUUUUUCUUUUGAGAGUAUUUUAUAGAAAAGUUUGUAGUAAUUAAAUAUACACAAGCAGUAACAUGUUUUAAUUUACAUCAUGUAUAUCAUUCUAACUAAUACCAUAAAAAAGUUCAGUAUUGAGUGAACGUCUUCUUUAAUACUUCACUGUUAAAUGUUUUAUUACGUUUGCAGCAAUAGAAAUUAUCUGUGGUUCGUACUGUGUACAUAUAAAACAAUCUUUUACGUAUUUGAAAUACUUCAACAAAUCAGAUGACGAAAAAUGUGAGUGUAACUGAUCAAGGGCACAGUAGGAUAUAUACAAAUAUUAUAUUAAUAUUUUACAUUUAACCUAGUGUGUAGGUAAGUGCAAAUAAAUACAGUUUCUCUGAUAUAAGGCCCAUUCCCUACAGAUAAUGUUGGGUUUUACCUGAGUGCAACAUGCUGCAUUUUGUGGCACAGCGGGUAUCAUAAAUACUAACAGAACCAGUUUCUGUAUUGCAGAGUCCUAAUG